AGCUUUCAUUUACUAUUGCCUAUCGUGUAGGUAGUCCGUAUGUUCAUCAUUGUGCGAGAAGCCUCGCAGAGAAGGGGCUGAUUGCAUCCUUGUGGAGUUUGGUAGGUUUGAAGUUCGUAGUUGAUAACAACUUUUGCUAUGUAGAGUGGGUAGGAUUUCAAAAUGGUUUUCAGAGGUUGUCUAGGAUCUUACCCUUGACAAAAGCACGGAAAACUGGGACAAGUCCAAAUUCACACUACCAAUGAUGAAGUGAAGAUCGCCAACUAUCCCCCAUUACCAGCGACGGCACAAGCUUGCAACAGAGGUUGACAAGUCUAGCAGGACUAUAGCCAAGCCUUGGCCAGUGUGAUCCUUGUGUGCACACAGACAAGAGGCGGGCACGGGAACCGACCUGUUCCCGUCACGCCGAUAGAGACUCCACCAGCUUAUGCAUAAGGGCUUAAUUCUGUUGAGCUCUACCGGAAGUCUCCAGGAUUGUUGGGGGCGGCGUCCACUUGAAGCUGGUGGUUAAGCUGUGGGAAUGUAGAGUCGUCGUCAGUUGUGAGCUGAGAGACGAUUCCUCAACGGAGUUCUGGCCUCGUUGUGAGUGGACUCAGCUCGAAGCCAUGGCUCUGUCGAAGCUGAUGAUGUUGCUGUUGCUGGCGCUGAUAAGCUGCAGCUGCAUGAUACGGGGUUGUGGAGCUGGUAGGCCAUUGAGCAUCAGGAACACUUUCACGCCGUUUCAGUACUCCAAGUUUCAGAAGAGUUUCUUUGUGGCGUGGUCGGAAUCCAAUGUGGCGGCUGUGGAUGGCGGCCACACGCUUCAGCUGAGCCUCGAUAGGCAAUCAGGAACGGCUGUAUCGUCCACAAGCAAAUACUUGUACGGCUACUUCCGAGCCUCGAUUAAGCUGCAUUCUGGCAACUCUGCAGGCACUGUUACAGCUUUUUAUCUUUCGUCUCAGGGCCACAACCACGAUGAAGUAGAUUUUGAGUUUCUUGGCAACGUCACCGGAGAGCCUUAUGUUCUGCAAACAAACGUGUAUGCCAACGGAAUCGGCAACCGAGAGCAGCGGAUAUUUCUAUGGUUCGACCCCCGCUCCGAGUUUCAUACGUACAGCGUCAUCUGGAAUCACAAAUCCAUCUCGAUGUACGUGGACGACAUGCUAAUCAGGGUGUUCCAAAACAACGAAGCGCACGGCCAGCCUUACUUGAGCAAGCAGCCCAUGGGCGUGUAUUCUAGCAUCUUCGACGCCUCGAAUUGGGCAACACGCGGUGGCCUCGACAAGAUCGACUUCAACAAUGCCCCAUUCCAUGCCCACUACGCCAACUUCACCAUGGACUCCUGCGUGGUCAAUGAGACGGUGACCACCUCGGUCGCCGAUCCUUGUGUAGCUCCCACCUCAACCGAGUGGUGGAACGCGGAGUGGUUUCAAUCCAUACCCGCCAACCGCGUCGGCCAGAUGCAAUGGGUGAAUCACAACUUCAUGGUUUACGAUUACUGCACCGACAAAGAGCGGUUUCCCGUUGCUCCCUUCGAGUGUGCGGCGCCGAUCGUGUAGACCCAAUUGCAGGUACAUGCUUUUCUAUGAUUUGUACUCCACCACGUCCUUACGCAUCGUACUAAGAAUCGUUUUGGGUCGACGAGAUGGACAUCGGCCUCCCGAUCGAGAUUGCCUAGGCGAUUCCGUUGCGGUGGCGGUGGCGGUGCGGAGACACACUCUAAAUUGAUUUUAGGAUAUAAUUGUUUGAAAUAAGUUGGUAUGUCAAACUCAAGUUAUUAAGUUGUACCUUAUUGUACUGUUCAAUAGAUUUUUAUUAGAUUGUUAGUAUUUUUUAUUCUAAUUCUCUUGUAGUAAGAGUAAAACUUGUAUCGAAUUCAUAAGUUGAUGUAUUCAAGAGUGAUUGUGAUAAUGUAUUAAUGUAACAUUUACAAUAUUGCAAAUUGUGAUGCUUUGAGCAUUCGUUUUAAAUUU